GAGGGCGGCGCGAGUUUUCAUCAUAUUUACGUUUAAACACACCUCUGUGUACAGGGGCGAGCUUUGUAGAACUUGUGAACUUCUCGGAGCUCAAAGUCAAGUAACUUUGUCCUCCUGUUUCUUUUAAAUCUUAUCAAAACAAUCAAUUCUGCUGCGUUUCCUGAGGAGAGAAAAUGAGCACGCUAGCUGCUCUGACGUAACUGGUGACGCGUUCAUCAGCCUCGUGUUUGUUUGUUUUUGUUUGUUUUUGUUUGUUUGUUCGUUUGUUCUUGUUUCCUUUUUCUUCCACAAGUAUUUCUGACAGCAUGGGAUCCAACGGCACAGCAACACGACAAGGCAUGGACGGAGAUCCGGAUUUGAAUUUUCUUCUGAACGGCGCAGAGCUCGUGAAGGUUCGCUCGGGCUCGUGGAGGAAGGCGCGAUUCUACAAGCUGCAGGAGGACUGCAAGACCGUGUGGCACGAGUCCAAAAAAACCCUGCGGCCAAAGCACACCUUUUCCAUUGAGGAUGUAGUGUGUGUGCGCACCGGCCGGCAAACAGAGGGUCUCAGAAAGUACACGGAGGAGUCGUUAGAAUCGCGGGCAUUCUCCAUCCUGUUCAAGGGCCACCACAAAAACCUGGACCUGAUCGCCAACACCGUGGAGGAGGCCAAGCACUGGGUGUCGGGCCUGGAGAAGAUCAUCUCCAACAUGAGCAAGCUCAGCCAACAACAGAGGACCGAACACUGGAUCUUCAACUGUCUGCGUAAGGCGGAUAUAAACUGCGACACGAAGAUGAGUCCAGAAGAGGUGAAGCGCUUCCUGCACGACAUCAACGUCGAAGUAGACAACGAGUACCUCAAGUUACUAUUUGAGAAAUGUGAUCAGUCCAAAACUGGCUUACUGGAGGGAAAAGAAAUUAAGCUCUUCUAUGAGAUCCUGACCGACCGGGAAGAGAUCGGUGUGAUCUACGAAACGUACGCGAAAACCGAAGGACUCAUGAGCGCUGCCGACCUGCUGGACUUCCUGGUCAAGGAGCAGAGAGAGAAGGUGGAUCUGACUCACGCCGCUCAGCUCAUCGAGAAAUACGAAGUAGAUGAAACGGCCAAAGCAAAGCAGCUGAUGACGAAAGACGGCUUUCUGAUGUUCCUGAACCAGCCCGACGCGCUGAUCGUGAGCCCGGCCCGUAAGAGCGUGUACCAGGACAUGACCCAGCCGUUAAGCCACUAUUUUAUCUCCUCCUCUCACAACACGUACCUUCUGAAAGACCAGCUUAAAGGCCCGAGCAGCACCGAGGGCUACGUCCGAGCGCUAAUGAAGGGCUGCCGCUGCGUGGAGCUGGACAUCUGGGACGGCUCAGACGGGGAGCCGGUUAUCUACCACGGCUACACGUUGACCUCCAAGAUCCUCUUUAAGGACACCAUCCAAGCCAUUAAGGAGUACGCCUUUAAGACGUCAGAGUACCCAGUGAUCCUGUCCCUGGAGAACCACUGCAGCGUAGACCAGCAGAAGCUGAUGGCUGAGCACAUGAUCUCCAUCCUGGGUAGUGCACUGAUCACCAAACCCCUGGGAGAACACAUGCCCACAGCGUUGCCCUCUCCAGAGGAGCUGAAGGGUCGGUUUCUGAUCAAAGGCAAAUGCCUGAACAAGCUGGAGGAUUACUUCUCAGACCAGAGGGCUACAGAAGAUGAAGAAGGGUCUGUGACGGAAGAGGAAGACUCCCGUGAUGAUGAAGAGGAGGAUCAUCCUGAAAACGAUAAGAAGUCAAAGACACUGAAGCUAGCUAAAGAGCUCUCAGACCUCGUCAUCUACUGCAAAAGCAUCAAGUUUCAAGGAUUCGAGCGCGCGCGGACUCAGCAGUCGUUUUACGAGAUGGCCUCUUUUAAAGAAUGGGACGCACUGAAUCUUGCCGAGAAGUCAGUAACUGAGUACAUCCGUUAUAAUGUGGACAAGCUGAGUAGAGUUUACCCCUCGGGGGCGGUAAGGACAAAUUCCUCCAACUUCGACCCCGUGCCUCUGUGGAACGCCGGCUGCCAAAUCGUGGCCCUCAACGUCCAGACCCGGUGCGCAGAGAUGGAUCUCAACCAGGGCCUGUUCAGCCAAAACGGACAGAGCGGCUACGUCCUGAAGCCGGCCUACCUCCGAGAUAAAGAGUCCGAGUUCGACCCAAUCACGCUCGUCAGAGGACCGUGGCUCAAACACAUCGAGUUCCACGUGAUGGUGAUCUCGGCGCAGCAGUUACCCAAAGUGAGCGAGAAGUCUCUAUCCGUCGUAGAUCCCCUGGUGCGAGUGGAGAUCCACGGCGUGCCUGCGGACACGGCCAAAAGAGAGACGAAGCACGUUCAGAACAACGGUUUCAACCCCAUGUGGAACGAGAAUUUCCAGUUUGACCUGUACGUGCCCGAACUCGCCCUGGUGCGCUUCGUGGCUGAGGAUUACGAUACCGUGUCCAGCAACGACUUCAUCGGCCAGUGCACAGUCCCCUUCGCCAGCCUACAGACCGGAUAUCGCCAUGUACCACUGUAUGACCAGAACGGAGACCUCCUCCCUUCAGCUCAACUUUUUGUUCACCUCAUGGCUGUGGAAGCAGAAUAAGUCUUAAAGACCCGUUCUUAUUCCGACGCUUCCCGUCCGGGUCGAAAAACCCGAAUCUGGCCGAGGCGGAAAAAGCGGAACCGGAACAGAAUUAAGAGCAGGGACCGCUGUUUUGAUCAUUUAACCAGUACGACACUGUAGAACGUUUUAAACCUUCUCCUAACGUCCACCAUGUCAACACUAAGCAACUGAACAUGUAGCUGUAGUAUAAAUAUCCUGACCAAUUAACAAACUAGAUGAAUAUUUUCUUAUAGAUCUCUUUUUGUUAGAUGUUUUUAAAGAGUGCUACUUGGCUUCUAAUACAUUCCACUAUUUAAGAUUUUAAACCAUGUGUCUUUUUUGUGUGUAUGAAUUGAAAACCGAAUAAAAUAACCAGCUGUAGUCCAGACUACAAGCUGCCA